CUUUCUGUUCGCCAUAGGAGGUGAAAGAUGGCGGAGAGGGAAGAGCGGAGGGGUCUUCUAGAUGAAGAUAAUUCUGAAGUUGCAGAUCCUUCCCUCUCUGAUGACAGAGAUGGCAGUGGUCCAGGAAGACGGAUGCCGUCUAUCUGUGAUCCUAGCACACUACUGCACAGAAUUGUGGUUCUGAUCUUCAUGUGCUUUUUAGGAUUCGGUAGCUACUUUUGCUAUGAUAAUCCAGCAGCACUUCAGACUCAGGUCAUACAGGAUAUGCAACUCAACACUUCUAAGUUCAUGCAGUUGUAUGCAUGGUAUUCCUGGCCGAAUGUUGUGCUCUGCUUCUUUGGAGGCUUUUUGUUGGACAGGGUUUUCGGUAUCAGGUUAGGUACAAUAAUCUUUAGUCUCUUCGUCUGCUUUGGACAGGUUAUUUUUGCAGCAGGUGCAUUAUGUAAUGCCUUUUGGUUGAUGGAACUUGGAAGGUUUGUGUUUGGGAUUGGUGGCGAGUCCCUGGCUGUUGCUCAGAACACGUAUGCUGUCAGCUGGUUUAAAGGAAAGGAGCUGAACUUGGUCUUCGGUCUCCAGUUAAGCAUGGCGCGACUAGGCAGCACGGUAAACAUGAACAUCAUGGGAUGGAUCUACUCGAGGAUAGCGGCCCUGGUGGGAUCUUCAGGCCACACCACACUGGGCAUUACUCUGAUGAUAGGUUCUGCCACUUGUAUUUUUUCUUUAAUUUGUGCACUGAUCCUGGGUUACCUAGACAAGAGAGCCGAGAGAAUCUUAAACAAAGAGCAGGGUAAAACCGGUGAAGUUAUUAAGCUGACAGAUGUGAAAGAUUUCUCACUUUCCCUGUGGCUCAUUUUCCUGAUAUGUGUUGGUUAUUAUGUAGCAGUCUUUCCAUUCAUUGGACUUGGCCAGGUCUUCUUCAUUGAAAAGUUCAACUUUUCUCCAGCUCAAGCCAGAGCAAUUAACAGCAUUGUAUACAUCAUCUCAGCCCCUGCAUCUCCCAUUUUGGGGUUUUUGGUGGACAGAGUUGGGAAGAAUGUGAUCUGGGUUCUGUGCGCUGUAUUGACCACUCUUGCGGCACAUCUGAUGCUUGCUUUUACCUUCUGGAACCCCUGGAUAGCAAUGUGUUUACUGGGACUGUCGUAUUCACUUCUUGCUUGCGCAUUGUGGCCAAUGGUGGCUUUUGUUGUUCCAGAACAUCAACUGGGAACUGCCUAUGGCUUCAUGCAGUCCAUCCAGAAUUUAGGACUUGCCCUAAUUUCUAUUGCUGCUGGAUCCAUACUGGACAGUCGGGGAUAUUUGUUUCUUGAAGUCUUCUUCAGUUCCUGCGUUUGUUUGGCAUUGAUAGCUGUGGUGGUACUGUACUUCGUAGAUUUUCUCAGAGGAGGAGAACUUAAUCUAUCAGCAUCCCAGAGAGGAAAACUUAAAGAGGUUUCGGCAGCUGAAACUGAGAAAAGAGUGCACGUGCACCAGCAGAAAGAUGAGGACUUAGCCCGAUUGAAGCCCAUGUCAGCUUUUGGACUGAGAAACCGUUAUCUUUCCAGGCUUGGUGCACAGCUGCCUGACCACUAUUGUACCCACCUGUCUUCAUUAGCACACAGGAGUGUCCUUAAAUAGUUGUUACUUUUACAACUACCUAAGCCAAAGUCUUUGAAAGGAGGCUUGGAUUGAAGUCCUGAUCAGAAAAUUUCAUUCUGUACUGUGUUUACUGUAACUUGGUGUUUUGGGAAUUAUUCUUCUGUGAUGCACCUUAAAGGUGGGAUUUUAAAAACCCUGUGAUCUGUAGAAUAUUUUUUUUUUCUUGUGGGUGCUUUUUUAAAAACCCAUAAGUGAUUGAUUGUACUUUUUUACAUUUAGGUUAAUAUUUCUUCAUUUACACUGUGAUAACUUUGUUCAAAUUGUCUACAGCAGAUAAUUUGGCCUUGGACGUAUGGGUUAAUUAAUGUAUUUGUGUCAUUAGUUUGCUUUCAAAAAAAAAAUAUUUUGAAUUUAUAAGCAUAAGGAUGGCAAGCGUGAAAAGCACCUAUGCAAGAUGAAACUCUUCAAUACUGCAGUUGUGCAUGGUCUUCGGUAAAGAUGAGUUACAAACUCAAAGGCAUUGCUUUUUUUGGCUUAAACCUAGACUGUUUGCAAACAUACUUACAGUAUAUCUAGGUAACAUUUGUUAUGCAUCUCAAGUCUUAAAGUGUGACCAUACAUUAUCCAGUGUGUGAAUCAACCUGUCCUACUUGGAUUCAGCUUCUCUAAGAUAUUGACACUGUAAGUGAAUUUUAAUUGUUUACUUACUGCAAUACACUCCCAACACAUGAAGUUCUGAUAAUUUUAUUUUAGGUAUCCUUAUUGUCAGUAGUGCUAAACAUACUUGAAUAUUAGCUGAAUCCCAUACCUCUGCAUGUUUUUUUUAAAUGUUGAUUGGUAUCGGAAAGCCCGUUCAUUUAAAGGAAUGUAAACAUCAGUAGGCUGUGUUUUUUGGAGUAUGAAAUUUGCUUUAAUUCAUGAGAAGAAUAUUUUUUUGUACAUGCAAAUUUGUCAGUCUGGUCCAUUAUUCCCAAGCUUCAAAUAAAGUUUCUUCAUACUGCC